UUUCCCCACAAGCAUACACAAUUGAAGCGAAAAAUACUUUUGAAAGAAACACAAACAAAAAUAUAGUUUAAAAGUUAAUGGACUUAAAUAUGAAACCAUCAUUGGCAGUUGAUGAGAUGUUCUCAGAGGGAGCUGGUUAUAUGGACAUGGAGGAGUCGGGCAGCGCCACAGGCAUGAUGAUGGAUCAUUUACCAGCACCCACAAACGACAAACACGUGCAUGCUGAUUUCUACAAUGAUUUCGAUGACCUUUUUGAUGAUGAUGACAACUGGGCCAAAAUCCGCCGAACGGGCGAUAAUGCCAAACCAUAGAUUUAUAUAAAAUAUACAUUUAA